AUGAAAAACAUUCUACAGCAAAUGAUGGAGGAGAGUUAUAUCGACCGAAAGAGGGCAAAGAAUCGUUUUAUAAGGACGAUUAUAAUGUUGUUGAUGGCUUUAAUCGCUCCAUUGCUCUUUGGCAUGCUGCUCAUGCUGUUCCGCAUUUUGGUGUUUGACUCGAACAAAUUCAAAAUCGAAGACAUUUCGUACAACAUGGCACAAGAUCCUUACAACAUCCACAUAACAGCUGGAUUCACGAACAGGAGCCCGAUCAACGUUAAAAUUUCGGAUAUAAGCAUCAACUUCUACGUGUCCACCGAGCCGCAGAAAUAUUUACUGCUUUUUUCUGUCCGAAAGGAUGAGACAAUACUGCAGAAGGGGAAGCAGAUAGCGGUGAAGGACCACCUUCUAAGAAUUGUGGACAUCAGAAAUGAGAAUGCUAUGUGUGUUUUUAAGGCCAAAAAGAUAAAAAUUGCGUUAAAAUAUAAACUGAGCCCGAGAAUAUUCGGGAUAUAUUUGGGGAAACGCAUGACAGGGGAUUACAUCAUUGAUUUGGACGGCAAAGAUUGCAAAACAAGAAAAAAAGUGGACAUCGAGCAGAUAAAUGCUGUUGAUGAUACGCUCAAUAUUCAUCUGAAGCUGACAGGAUAUGCCAUGUCAGAAUUUUUUAAGAUCUAUAUACCGCAGCUAACGCUUGAAGCAAAGUGCUGUAAUUACUUGUUUGAUAUGAUAAUCGAUCCUAUGUCGAUCGAAAGAGGGGCUGUGCAGGAGAAGUUGUGUAUUACACUGAAGUUUUAUGAUGAGCAUGGCCUAUGUGCCAACGAUAUCAUCAAAAAAACGAUCAAAACACUCGAUAGUGGCAUCGAUCACUUGCAGCUGAUGAUGUGUCGUCUCAAGGUGGAUUAUGGUAUAUUUAACAGGUUUUUUGACAAACUGCACGUGCCGGUGCUGAUGUUUGUCAGUGAUCAGGUAUCUGAGCCAACAAACGGCGAGAGCGCACCUCGGAAUAUAAACAUAAACUAUGAUCCAAAGGAUGAAGCGAUUUUCAUCAAAAAGAUUGGCAAAGGAAACACGGUGAUACGAUAUUUAUUUGAGGUUGUGCAGCAUUUGACCCUGGACUGCAUUGUUGAGGAUGAGAUUGUUGCCGAAAUUGAAAUCGAGCAGUACAUCAAGGGUCACAUACUGAAAACAAAGGUUCAAUUGUUCAAUUUGCAGCGGAUUAUAACAACGAUUCUGAACAACGGUACGGUUUAUAUAAGAACAAGUUUUCCAAAUGCCGUGCUGCAAGGCAUAUUUAAAAACUUUUUCAUUUCGUACGGUGUCAAAGACGGGUUAAGGUUCAGUUUUAGGGAGCACAUAGAAAAAUCAUCGCCAGAUCUGUCAAUGAGAUUUUUUCACAAUAUCAGCGAACAUCCAGAUCAGAAUAUGAUUUUGAUCAAAUCGGAAACUCUGUCUUACUUCAAGGAUGCAAGGGCAGAGUGCUUGCUUAACCUCGUCGGUUUUCGUUUCAGAGUACAGCUUAAGACCUUUUCAGUGAACUGUUUCCUGAAAUUGUGCGUAUUUUUUUCGAGUGAAAACGUUUUUAUGGGAAUAAGCUUCGUGAGCGAAGUAGAGAUAAUGGUUAGUGCCUCUCAUAAGCUUGUUAAGGAAAAGGAAGUGCUGGACGAUAGUUUCAAACACAUACUUGUAAAUAAUAAACACGCAAUAAAUUUGUUUGAGCUAGUAUCGGGAGAAAAGAAAACACCGUGGUACAACCAGCUAAUCGAUAAUUCACGUUAUGUGGUGUCAGGUAUUAGUGGAAGGAUAAAUGGAACAUUGUAUAAGAACAGAUAUAUCCUGACAGAGGAUUUUUUUGUGAUGAAUCGGAUUGAGAAGGGCCCUGCGGUUGAAUUUACUCUUUAUGACAAAUUGGGCGAUGAAAUAGCGCAUAUUGAAGCUAUACUGUCAAAUUUUGUAAUAUGUUACUCGAAAGUGCACGGCAUCUACAUUGACGGGCUGAGUAAUAGUUUUAAUUUUGAUAUGUUAGGUUUGGGUGCGAUCUCUGAGUAUUACCGUGUGUCCUGCACAUCAAAAUCCUUGCUAUCUCAGUUCAUACAGCCGUUUACGUUGUUUUGCGAGUUCAAAGAGAAGCAAAUUAUUGAACGAGACAAUAUUAGAGGAGGUAAAAAACAUGCGACUGCGUGCAUACACCUGAAUACAUUCCGUGGGCUGGGUAUAGGUGGUAUUUUGCACUAUGCAGAGAAAAAUCUAAAAACGAAAGACUCCAGUUCGCCAGGAUUGCGCAUUUCGUGGUCGGAUAUCAACAUAGAAUCGCGAUGUGAUGAGAAUGACAGUUUUUUUAGAUUCCAUCUUCAAGAAUCAAAUGUUGCACUGACGAGUUUUGCGCAGAACACCCGGAAAUCGCUUGGAUAUCCUCUAUCCAUAGGCUUUUUGAUUGAGUACAGGACUUCAGUAUCAGAAGACCAAGUGAAUGCUAUUGAUAAUGCACAAAAUGGCAAUGCUAACGCGGAUGUAAAGCAGAUAGCUGAGCGCAAGUUUUUUUUAAACAAGUUUUUCAAAAAACACAAGAAUUUCUCGGUCCAGGAAUUCGCCAAGUUCAUAGCCAAGGAUGAUAACAGCGGGAGCAGCACUAAUGAUCCACCAAGCUUAGAGAUCAAUGUAGAUGAAAAUCCCUACAUAGUACAAAUUGUGCUAAAAUAUCCAAAUUUACAGCGAAAGAUUGGAAGAAUAUGGUCUUUUCACAAGUUUUUAGGUUUUGAAACACUGCCAUCUGAAAUUACUAUUCAUUUGAUAAUAGAAGAAUUCCAAUUGUUGCACAUAGCGAUACGCUCUAUCAAUAUGGUAGCCGUUGAUGCAGCAGUGGAUCAGACAUUGACAUUUCCUAUUUAUUAUACUCGGCAUGACAGCCGGGUCAGUAAUCCGGUCAAUGAAUCAGAGUCUGACCAUAUUUUAAAGUUUCAAACCAAUAUUUCGCUCAAGGUAUCGAAAAAGCACCAAUCCUUCCAUAUUAAGGAUGUAUAUACCGCCUUUACAGUGUGGAGUGAUGUAUUACAGUUCAUGAAUGGUGGGCGAACAGAUUUGUUGUUUAGGUCCAUGAAACGGUCCGAGCUGUUUUACAUAUUCACAAAGAUAGGUUUUCGCUUAACUCUCAACCUAAAACAUGAUUUGAGUGUAUUUAUGGGAAUCAAUGGCAAUUUGUACUUUGAGCUUAACAUUGCGAAUUUUUGCCACGACAACGCAGUUUUUUUGCCGGUGUAUUUCAAUUCAAGUGGACGAAAGAAAUUUAUAUUUCCUCCAAAUUGUCAACCGCUUAGUAAUUCAACACAUCCGUUUUCCGUGUAUGUUACGUACGGGAAUAUGCUUUUAGAAGCCCAUUCGUUCUCGGUUAUACCUUUCAUUGGUAAUUUUGCAACUUCAUACGAAUAUAUAACGGCUUACCUUAUUGACCAUUUCUUUUUCAUCGUUAUUGAGGAUAGUGACAUAUUGUACCAGUCGUAUGAUUCCAAAACGAUUGACAGGAUGAUAGACCGAUGUUAUCUUAGUACUCCUAGAGAUAACGUCCGAUCUUUACGAGAAAACACGUACCGUGCAUAUGAGAACACGCCUACCAAUGUAUGAUAUUUACCAG